AUGGAAAAGUCUCAAUACACACCUAUAAGUCAGGGGGAAACUGCCGCCGCAGGCGCCCCGGGCGCCAACCGUCACUCGAAACCCCCUUUCAGCUCACAGUUUAAGACGAUACUCAUCAAGACCAUGUUUGCGCUUUCGGUUCUAUUAGCAUUGGUCUAUGUCUUUUUAAACACUUCGAUCUGUCAUCAACAGGGCGCAUCAACCAAGGGCCAUAGAUUGGCCCCUACGAGGCAAACGAUGCCCUUUGAAAUAAUCCAUGAGAACGCCGCCGGAUUCAAUAAAAGAGCAGAUAACGAUACCACUUCGUUCGAGCUAGGCACAAGCUCGUCCUUGACCGGCACCUUAGCCACUACUUUGCCAACCACCACGUCCAACGGCAACGGCAACGGAUAUGGCACCUCGUCGCCAGAUGGACAAACUACGUUGCUGACAACAACAACUAGUGCCACGAGUACAACGUCGAGUUUGCCGCCAAGUGCUGCUACCACGGGUCCAACACUGAGCUCCCCCACCACUUCAACAAGCUCGAGUUCAACCACGAGCUCAUCUUCGAGCUCGACGUUGAUCCCGGCCGAGACCAGUACAACUUCGUCUUCCACCUCUGCCACUAAUGGCAACGCUGGCGAAACAGAGUCGUACCCAUCUACAACCUCCACCACCAGCUCCUCGACUCUGCAGUCUUCGACAACGUCUCCAUCGGUGUCGACUUCGCAGCGAGUGACGGUGAUGUCUUCGGUGCAGGGAGGCAGCACCAUCAUUGUGACUCAAACAUCGCUCAUCUCAACGACACCCACAGCAACGGGCACCAACAGAGACAGCAACAAUGGUGGCGGAUUGUCGGAAACCAACAAGAUUGUUGUCGGGGUGGUGGUUGGCGUGGGAGGCAGUAUAUUGAUUGGAUUGAUCUCGGUCCUUUUCUACUUGAAGAGAAGAAAUAACAACGACCAUGAAAAUGGCUGGACGUUCUGGAGAAAGAAUGAGAAGUUGGGCAGCGACGAGUUUUUCAACGGCGAGUUGGGUGUUCGUGAUAGAAAUAUCAACCAAGGGUCAAAUUUUUAA